AUGGCUUCAUCAGCUGUACCAUGUUCAGGCACUAUCACCAUCUCCAGCAGCUCUCAGGCAACAGGAGUUACCCAGUGUGAAAGUUAUGACGGUGAUAUUCGUCUUGGGUCUGCGGUCAAUGGCUCUGUGUCUCUCAAUGGCAUUGUGACAAUCACUGGAGAUCUUAGCGUUGCCUAUGGCUCAGACAUAGGCAGCCUGAGCGCCUCUGAUCUCGUUACGAUAGGUGACACAUUAAGUAUCAGCAAUAACGAUCUCUUGACCAGCCUCAAUUUCCCAGCUCUCGAGAACGUCGAUACAAUCGACAUUAAUGGCGCACCAAACUUGACAGAAUUCAAGUCUACAAUCGGGAUUUCGAACGUCAGCUCAAUUCAAAUCAUUGAGACGGGCUUAAUGGACAUCGAUUGGGUAAAGUCCGUGAACAUUUCCAGACUUGAGGUCGAACAGAACCCUGUGUUAAGCGACAUUUUCCUACCAGUUGUCAAUGGCUUGGGCUCUUUCACUUUUGCUCGGAAUGGACCCGCAAUGAAAUUAUCCCUCGCCAGCCUAAGAUCAGCCUACAACCUUACCUUCUCCCACGUCCAGACGAUUGAUCUGCUUUCUCUUGAGUCAGUCACUCAUUCCCUCGGUUUCAUCGCGAACGAUCUCAAGACAUUGUCCAUUGAGAGGUUGUCUAAACUCGACGACCUCAUGGUAUGGAACAAUACGGCCCUAUCGCAGCUUGAUCUUCCAAGUCUCACCAACGUUUCCGGAGAUAUUGUCACAAAUGGAAAUUCCGCCAUGGAAUCACUUUCGCUGCCAAAUCUAGCACGAGUCCGUGGCGACAUUGCCUUGAACGGAAGCUUUACAAAUAUCUCUAUGCCGGCACUCGUUGAUGUCCAAGGCAAUGUCAUCAUUAGGAGCUCUGCUAGCUUAGACUGCUCGUCGUUAGUGCACUACGACCAGAGCGAUGUGUUCAAAGCCCAGUACAAUUGUACUGCGUCCGAAUUGGCUGUUGCGCCACCUCCAGCUCCCGAGCCAGGUUCAGAGACAAAUCGUGGAGGUGGACUUUCUAAAGGGACUAUAGCUGGAAUUGCAGUUGGUGUGGUGCUUGGUCUCCUCGCGCUUGCGUUGAUUGUCUGGUGUGUCUGGAGAAAACGUGGAAGUGAUCGCUCCACAAAGGGUCAAAGCAAUGAUACGAGACCUAAUGCUCCUUCCGAUAGCAAUUUCGCAAAUGGUCCAUACGAAGCCGAUUCUCAGGCGGUCCAUCCUGCCGAGCUGCCCGCUCGAUAUAACAAUCAAACAAGUGUCACCCACGAGAAAUCUGGCUCCACUCACCUGGGCAGAGCGGAAUUAUAUUCCGAGUAUCCAGAACUACAUGGACAUCAGCGACCAUUUGCCCACAGCACAUAG